UUUUCAAAAUGGUUGAAGUUGAAACUGCGGCGGACGAAGCGCCAUGUUUAUUGAAAACGUAACGUUAUCGGAAAAGAAAGCUGGCUGUGUUGUUUUUUAUAAAUUAGUUUAGCGAAAGUGCGAUGGUAUUUACUUCAGUUUAAUAUUCCUUAUUCUAAUAAGACGCGUGAGUUGUACUAUUCUAGUUUCUUCUGCAUACUAUUGUUGCAAAAAUGGCUGGGCCGUCUGAAAAUCAAAGGUCUUUUCGGCUUUUUGUAACCCAUGUCGACGGUGACGCUCAUUUUUUGAAAAUUAGUGGGCAAGUGGAUCAACAGGCUUCGUUGAUGAUAGAGAGCCUUUUUGAUGCUGCCCGAGAUAAUCUAGAAAAAGGCAUCGGAGCGGUGCCACCGGCAGCUAUUCAUGAAGGUGUCAUUUGUGCCGCCAAAUAUAAAGAUGGGAUUUAUUACCGAGCUAAAGUUGUAAGCACAAACAAUUUGUCUACCGGCUUGGUUGGAGUCCACUUUAUCGACUAUGGGAACAAAGACAUAAUUUCAUUGAGUGCUAUACGUUUCUUCGACAACUACGACCCGCUAUUUUUGAAAAUACGUGGUCAGGCGUCUGACUAUUACUUAUCUGGAGUUAUGCAGCCAUCUGGAAGAUGGGAAGAACCACUUUUAUUAAAACUUCAAAGCUUAGUGUGCUACUCGGAGUAUGUUGCGACUGUUGAUGCUCAGACUCGGACAAUACCUAUAAUAUCUAUACAAUUUAAAGGCACGGAUUUAUCGUCGCAUCUUGUGUCUAUUCGUUUUGGCGUAGCUUUACCUCUUGCAAAGCAAGAAGUCUUAUUACUUCAAUUGUCUGGUGAUAAUCAACAAGCAUCUAAUUGGCAGCCUAGUUUUCCAAAUGAAGCAUCCAAUUUUCCUGAACAUGUCCCAUUUUUAAUGAAUCAAAACUUCCCUGCUAAUCCUGCAUCAACUAUGCGCAUUCAACAAAAUGCAUCUUUACCUUUUAAUGGAAGUAUACAAAUGGCACCAUCUUUGAUUGGUCAAAGACUACUAGUCAACAAAGCCUCUAGAAACCCAGGAAAUUUAAAAGCUCCAGGGCGCCAACCACAGCAUGCCCCUACUAAUAGCAUCAACCUGUCAACCCCUCCACCAGCUCUAAUGAUAGCUCCAAAACCUGGUUCUCCUAAAAAGUCAUCUACCUAUAAGAGUAGAUUGUUGGAAGUGAACUCUCAACACAAAGUGUUUGUGUCAUUUGCUGAAGAAGGGCCAGAAUUAUUUGCAGUGCAGCUUGUUAGUGAUGCCAAGAAGCUGCAGGACAUGAUGGAUGACAUUAAUAAAAGGCCACAUAGCAGUCUUACUGAACCACCCAUGAUAGGUACAGUCUGCUUGGGCAGAAUGUCAGGUGACCGUAUUAUAUGCAGGGCCAUUGUUAUGAAUCUCUCUGGAUCUCAAUGCAAGUUAUUCUUUGUUGACUUUGGAGACACAGAAAUGGUAUCAUACUAUGAUAUCUUCGAUAUACCUGAUGAGUUUGUGAAGCCUAAUGUUUUUGCUAUGAGAUUUUGUUUAUCUGGUGUUAAGAAAUUGGAAAAGGGAUUACAUUUGAAUGAGACUUUCAAACAGCUGGUUAAUGGAAAGGUGAUGACACUGAAAGUAGUGGCACCUGAAGGUCCACCAUUGAUUCAGUAUGGAGAAUUGUACUUAGACAAUAAAAACAUACUUGAAUUGUUGAUGGCUAAUAUGAAAGACAAGCUGCAGUUUAAAAGGAUUGACAUACUGCCCUUGGGAUCAAGGCGCUCUGUUCUUGUAUCAUAUGUGGACAGCUGUAUCAAAUUCUUUGUGCAGUUGUCAGAUCACAUUGAUGAGUUGAAUGCUGUGAUGGAUGCUGUACGAACUCACUGUGAGAACAGCUCGUCUCCUGGAGAGUUACCAGUGGGAGCAGCAUGCUGUGCUCGGUUCCCAGAUGACAACAACUGGUACCGAGCAACAGUCAGGGACACUAAGAAGAACAAAGUUGUAGUUAUGUAUGUGGACUAUGGUAAUGAACAAGAAGUUGAAGUAUCAGAUUUGAGGACUAUUACUCCAGAAUUGAUAAGACUGCCAGCUCAAGCUAUGAAGUGUGCUCUGAAGGGAUAUGAAAACAAACCAGUAGAGACAAAAACAUCAAACCAAUUGGAGAUGUUAGCAUUGGAGAAGACGCUGACUGCUCACAUAGUUGGUAUGCUGUCCACUACAAUGGUAGUAUCACUGAUAGAUGAAACUGUGACUCCACCACUGGAUGUAGCCCGGAAGAUGACACAACUGUCUCAGCCAAGGAGUUCUCAUGAGGCUAAAGCAACAACGCCAGUCAGGAAAGACGCUCCAGAAACCUUCAGUUCUCCAGACAGUGCGUCAGAUGAUGGCAAGAAGAAAAGCUUUCGACGAGAAAAGAGCUUCAAGGAUGAAUGGAGACCACCAAAAGAGGGCAAUGAAGAGUUCCAACAAAGAGGCGGCAGUUUUCGAAACAGAGACAACAGAGACGGCUUCGACAGGUCCGGGCCGGGCCGGCAUAGCGAAAAGUUUGGUGGCAGGCCGGAGCGAGGCGAGCGUCCUUACAACGAUAGACGCGGAGGGCCGCCGAAGCCUCGUGAGAAUGUGCCGUCCUCCGUCGGUGACGACGAGUGGGAGGAAACUCCUUCUCAACCGACAACCUUCCAACCUCCUCACAGGCAAAAUAGAGACAGGGAUAACAACCCUAGAGAAUACACUCCGAGGGAUAGAGACAGCAACCCGAGAGACAGAAGAAAGCCUAGGUCGGAAAAUCAACACGAUAAGCCGGGUCAAAGACCUGGUUGGAAGAAGGAUUCGAGUGGAGUUGGAAAAAGGUUAAGGCAAGCCGCGGAAGCUGCUUCCUUGGACGCCCAAAACGCUCCUACGAAGGGUGCUUCCAUACAGGAUAGACUGAAACGGGAUAACAAGCAUAAUCAACACGAUGACCGUGAUGACAGACCUCAACGAGAGAACCGUUUCGAUCGCUCUGACCGCCCUGACCGAUCCGACCGGCCUGACCGUCGUGAUAACCGGGACAACCGUGGAGACAGGCGCGAUAACUGGGGGGACAAGAAAGAAAACUGGAACCAAAAGAGAGAUUUCCGACCCAACGACAGAGCACCAAGGAGCAACUUCUCACCAAGAGACCGCGCAGAGCGUUCAUUUGGAUCCGAUGAUAAGAAGUCUGACAAAAGCUUUAGGUCUCAGGACAGUGGCAGAGAUCGCGUGGGUCGCGCCCCACCUUACAAAAGUCGUAGCAAGUUCACGCAGGUGCAGUACAAGGAGCUCCCCAACCCAGUACCACUCGACACGCCAUUCCUCGAGCCCACGGCCGUGGAACCUGGCGCGCAACACGAGGUCUCUGUUACUUGGAUCAUAAACCCCGAAUGCUUCUUUGCACAGAUAAUGGCUCUGCAGCCUAAAUUCCUAGAAAUGAUGCACAAAAUACCAGAGAUAUACAAAGGCGUGAAAUCUUACACGGGUGAAGUGCCAGUCGGCGGGUCUGUGUUAGCUCGAUACCCUGUAGAUGGCGUGUUAUACAGAGCUACCAUCGAAUCUGUACAGCCAUUCUCAAAGUUCAUAGUUCGAUAUGUAGAUUUCGGCAACAAACAGCUGGUCGACGCUAAAGAUAUUUGGCAAAUGGAUCAACAGAUGAUGGAGUUGCCCAAGAUGGCCGUUUGUUGUUCUCUAUCAGGCGUUAUGCCAGUGGAAGGUGAAUGGAAGCCCAACAACCUUGAUAUGGACUUGUGCUUUAACGCGCCGCGGUAUCAAUGUAUAUUCCAGGAGUUUGUUGAGGACCGCUACAAGGUGUCAUUAUGGAACAAUGGCGUCAGUGUGGCUGAUAUGUUGGUAGAAAAGGGAUUGGCAAAACUAUCUGAACAUCAGUCGUCUGUUACUUUGAAAGACGAAGCUAUCGACCUGACAAUCAUCGUAGGUCAGCAGAUACUCUGUCGAGUGACCCAUGUAGAGUCUUAUGAGAAAUUCUUUGUGCAACUUGAUAUGGACAAAGCUGAGCUGGUAGAAGACGCUAUCGCCAACUUUGACACUUCUAAAUUGACCCCAUUGACCGCCGACAACCUUGCCGAUGGGAUCCACUGCACAGUGAAGCAUGACGGUAAAAUAAAUCGAGCUAUACUAGAAAAUGUAGCUGACCCAGCCAACAUCACCGCUGUGUUGCCAGACUAUGGAAAAUCUAUUACUACUUCUUUGGAAAAUCUCAUGAUCUUACCAACGGAACUGAGUGUAUACUACUAUCAGUCUCUGCAGUGCAGCCUAAACAACUAUACAGAGGAAGCUAAGAAACUUAUGACCCUUGAAGAACUGAAGGCCAAGCUUACAGGGAACAAAGUCAUUGUCUACAUUAACCAUGUGGAAGAGAUCACGUUGGUAACAACACUGUAUGAUUGUGUGACUGGUCAAAAGAUUGCUGUGUUUGAACCGGACGAGGGUGCUUAUGAUGAAGUUAUCCAGUUAUGCAUGAGAUCAGUCUUUAAUUACAACUUUGGAAUGGCCUACAUUGCUCAUGCUGAAAACUUGAACGAAUUCUAUCUGCAGAAAGCAAGUGAUGGCGAUAAAAUCGCUCUGUUACUUGAUGAACUCUACAAAUUCUAUGAAGAAGGAACACCCGAAGCCCUCACUACUUUUGAAGUCGACGGCAUCUGCGCUGCCCACUCCGCGGACGGCAACUGGUACCGUGCCACUAUCAUCAGUGUAGAAGAUACUCAAGUUAAAGUGCAAUAUACUGAUUAUGGUAACACAGAAACACUUCCCAAGGAAUCGCUCAAAGUACUUGACCCCAAAUUCUAUGAACCUUGUGCACUAGCGUUAGUAGCUAGCUUAGGUCUUGUCGCCCUACAAGAAGACGCCCUCGCGAAACUAAAAGAAUGGACCAAUGAAAAGGAGGUGCAGGUCACACUCGCGAUAGGCACUGAUGGAUGGCUGGCCAGCUUGCAUUUAGAUGGCGUGGAUUUGUCAGUGAAACUGGUAAAUGAGAAAUUAGCCACACCACAAAUAAAUGCUGUUGAAGAAGAGAAAGUUGAGGAAACCCAAACUGCUGUGCUUUCCGAGCCGAUAUCUUUACCAGAAGGUUGUACUCAAGUGUACAUCAGCCAUAUUGACACUCCUGGCCACUUCUGGUUGCAAAUGUCCGAGAAAAUAUCCAAGCUCGACGAACUUCAAGCAGAACUUCAAAAUACUGCCAAUACAUUUAGUAAUCUGGAAAAUCCGGAAUUAGGUACGUGGUGUAUCGCCAAAUAUAUGGCUGACGACCAAUGGUAUCGAGCUGAGAUCCUUGACUCAGAUUCAGACAUUAUUACGAUUCGCUUCAUUGACUACGGCAACACGGAUGUGCUUGACAAUCAGCCUGGAUUAUUGAAAGAAAUGCCUGCAACAUUAAAAGAUGUGGAAGCCUAUGCGAUCAAAUCUAGCAUUAACGCAGUGCCCACUGGUACAGGCCAGUGGUCAGAAGCGUCCUCUGAAUAUUUCACACAGCUUGUAGGCGAUUUAGCUAAUGCUGUAGACGCUCUUAUCGUCCUCAAAGACGUUAUAACCUACGUAGAUAUCUAUGUUCAAGGGAAUAAUGUGACUGAUAAACUAGUGACUGCAGGCUACGCCACUAGGUCAGAAGAACCUGACUGUGGAGACUUGCCGUCCUGCUUUGCCAGUCAUGUAAACUCACCAUCGGAAUUUUGGAUCCAAUUAGAAACAGCGACCGCGGAACUUCAAGCAAUGGAGGCUGCAAUGGUAGAUGCAGAAAACUUCCCAGAGUUGACAGACAAAGAGGAAGGUGUUAUUUGUGCAGCUAAAUACCCAGAAGACGGAGCUUGGUACAGGGCACAAGUGAUUGUUGAUGGGUCGGAAGGUACUGAGGUGCUAUUUAUGGAUUACGGAAAUGCUUCCAUAGCUAACGAAUUAAGAAGCCUACCAGAUGAACUUAAAGUGAAGCCUGCGCUUUCGAGAAAAUGUGCCUUGCAGAAACCGCGUGACGUUAAAUGGUCACGUCAGUCUGAAAUUAGGUUUAAUGAAUUAGCUGCAGAAGGAGCCACUAUAUUUAAUGUCCAAUUCAUAGCAUCUGGUGAUAUCUCUAUCGUCGAAUUAUUCCAUGAAGGAAAAUCUGUGACUGAGGAUCUUUUAGGACUUUGUGAACAAAUAGCGGCUCCGAGACCCGCUCCCGUGGGUCAAGAUAUAUUUGGUAGUGGUAAAAUCUGCUUCGUCAAGGGUUUGGACGAAUUCUACGUACAACUAGACGAAGUGAACACCGAUCUUGAUAAAGUGACGGUGAGAAUGAACGAUUUUGAAGAAUUUGAACCUGCAACCGAUCUAAAAAUAGGGUCUAUUUGCGCUGCAUUCUGGGCUGAGGAUGAACAGUGGUACAGAGCUAAAAUAUUAGAAUUUUGUGAUGUUGGUUACCAUGUACAGUUUAUUGACUACGGAAAUAAAGCUAAAUGCGAGGAAUUCCGAAAACUACCUGAUGAUAUCGCAUCGAUUGAACCUUUAGCAAGAGGAUGUCGUAUUAUGUUAGAAAGUGGUGAUGAAAGUUUACAGGAAGAAGGUAAAAAUAAAUUAGAUCAGCUCACUUUAGAUGACAUUACCGUGUGCAUAGAAUUUUUGGAUAGCACGGUCAGUCCAAGUCUCGUUAAGCUUUCUUAUGGUGGACAAGACUUUUAUUCUGACCUCAAAAGUAGUAAUGCUAACAACCACGCGGAAGAAGCGACAAAAGAAGAAGCCCUUCCGUCUUCUGAACACGAAGUUGUAAAGGUACCUGAAGCAGCAACAGCCUCUGAUAUCGCAACCAGUGACAUAGAUACAGUAGAAUCGCUAGAAACUCAAAACGAACAAAACACAUCACAAGCAGAUCUUAAUGAAAGUACGGAGAGCAAUCACACUGUUAUUGAGAACAAAUCUUUCGAAUCUAAACAAGAUAAUCUAAGUGUCGAAAUUAACGCCGAUGAAUUAAAGGCUUUAGAAACUGACAAACCCUCGGACAACGCAGAAGUUACUGAAUUAAGCAAACCCAAAAAUAGCGCAGAAACUGUCGAAGCUGUAAAUAUUGAACAAGCCUCUGCUCAAGUAGAAUCAGUAGAACAAACUGCCGAAAUAAAAUCUGACGUUAAUGAAACUGAGAUACUUGUGGCUGAAAAAGAGAACCUAGCUAAAGAAGAUGACAAAGCAAAAUCUGUAGUUACAGAAGAUACAGAUAAAACCGAAAUUAAAGAGAAUGACGUAGAAAAACCUGUUGAUAAUGUGACAGAGCCACCGGGCAGCCCUGUUAAAAAUGCGACUGACUCAACGGAAAAGGUGACUGAAGCGGGUGACACUAAAACAGAACCCGUUAAUUAGACUUAGGAUGUAAAUACGGCCGAAUAAGAUAUUUUUUGUGAGUAAAGUCAAAAAAAUUACAUUGUAUCAUAUUAAUCUUUUUGAAUUUAACCAAUGUAAAGUGUCUUAUAACUGUUUGAAAUUAUACAUGACUUUAGUUUGCUUCGUAUUUUGGUAAAACCAAGUGCCAAUCUCGUUUUGGCAUUAACGAGCAGCUUAUUUUUAUAUAAUGUCGUACGAAGUACAUAAAGACUAAAAUAUAAUAGUUAAGGUUUGGCGUAUGAUUGUUUUGUGUAUUUUUUACGCAGUCGUUUAAUUAUUUGAUUCUCGAAUUACGUAAAUUGAUGUUAUGAAAGUGUCUGGAAACAUUUCUUAUUUUAAUUGUCUGUUUUUGUUAUGUGUUUUUUUAAUGUUUUCGCGAAAAGGAUAUAAACGUACAUAAAUGAAAGUAUAUUACAGUUAUUCUUUUUACACACAUAUAAAUACUCAUAUUUGAUUUUAUUUUAGGUUUAUCGUAUGUUAUGUCGCGUCGGUAUUAGAGUUGGUUAUUUUACCAUAUUUCAUUGUCAGUUCAUAAAGCUAUUGAAACAUCUGUAUGUACAUACAUAAUUUAUUGUAAUAAAACACAUUCCCUUCAUGAAACAUUUGUAGAGCAUGUCACCACAACUACAUACCGAAGGUAUAUUGAUUAUUAUUGUUGUUUUGUUUAGAAUCAUCUUAUAAGAUAAGGACUGAUGUCAGUCUUGUCCAGAGAUGUUACGUUUUUUUUAUUAUUAUUAAAGAUAUGCAAAUAUAAA